AGCUUCCCAUUUGAAUUUGAUGAAUCUCUGCUUGUGCAGCUGGUUGACUUAACUAAUACUGUUUGGUCAGAAAUUAUUUCGUAUUGUGGUUUAUCCAUCGAUGGAGAAUCACCUGUGUCGGCGAAAGCUAUUGAACAUGCAAAUGAUGGGGAAGGCGAAACACAAGAGAAUAAUGACAAUAAUGUUGUCUGUGCUGGGUCAAGUCGGUCUCUGCGUGAAUCUAAUGAUAAACGCCUAGUAAUGAAGGGAUUGAAACCAGAUAAAAAGAAGGAAAGAGAAUAUGCAAGGCAAGAGGAUGUGUUGAUUCCUAAAGGGGGUCGUUUAACUCGUCGAUCUGCACAAAUUGAAAUUAAGGAUAGUAUUGUUGUUCAUGCUAGUGAUAGCGAUAAUGAGGUGACUGUGAGUGGUGAAGAGGAGAAUAAAAGUGAAGGGAAUAUGAUAACAGUGAAAGAAGUGUUCCAAAUUGGUGAAUCGACUGCAGCAGACUUGAGUCUCAAUCCACCCGAAGCGAAGCGUUUUAAAGAUUGUGGAAUCCCUUAUGAAGUGUUUAUUGCGAUAGCUGGAACAUUCGGUUCUACAGAUAAUGCAAAUAAACUUCAACAGAGGUAUGUAGAAAUGAAGGGACGUGCAAAUAAUUCUCAGUUAAAUGAAGAAACGCUGACGUCCUGUCCAAAUAUAGAUAAUCCCUUUGAGGUGCACAAGGCUGUCACCAGUGGUCGACGCAAAGUCCUAUCACGAGCUGAUGCUUUACAUUCAUAUAGGACAUUAUUUUGUCGUCGGUGUUUUAAGUACGACUGUUCUUUGCAUCCGUAUAAGUCCACUCCGUCGAUGUGGAGUCAUCGUUGGCCGAUCGAUACCACGAAAGAUGCCGAAACAAACUCCCCGUAUUGUGGUUCAUGGUGUGUCCGUAAGUCGGUGAACCAUACCGCUGGACAGGACUCAAUGAAUAAUCAUGAUAAUAAUGAUAAUAGCAAUGAUGAUAAUAAAGGCGAAGCAAUACGAGGAACUAGCAACGUGGAAUGGAGUCCUGAAGAAAAAUGUCUAUAUGAAGUAUUAGCUCCAUUGUUUAUCCCCUACGGGCAUCCAUCUUUUAAUUUGUACAACUGGUGUUGUAAAAUGUCGAAAUUACUUGGGACGAAGAAGUGUUCUGAUGUGUUGGCAUAUACAAGUACACAGAAUCUAUCGACACUUCUACUCCCAGAUGCUGGUCAGUUGAGUUCAUUACGUAUACCGGGUACUGGUGAAGUAUGGGGUCGACGGUCAGGUAGUAUAGCGUCGUUAAAUGAUAAUGACUGCACCGGAUCAGGAUCAUGUAGUGGAAGUGUUCAUGAUGAUGGAGGAUUUGGUGAUGAGGUGUUUGUGGCGAAUGAAUCAAGUAGUUCUAAUGUUUUAACAACAAAUCUUCGUAAACGAUCGAAAAAGCGUGUUAAAAAGAGCAUGAAAUUGGAAUUGCCAACUCCUUGUGAAGACGAUGAUGAAGACUCGCAAACGAAUGGUUCUGUUCAAAACGGUUUGAGGAACACUACCACUAGUAAUAAUGAUGGCAAUGCCACCCUACCAAGUGGUUGUCUCGCGCAUCAAUAUCAUCCGUGUGAUCAUCCUGGAGAACGGUGUAAUGAUUUGUGUUCAUGUAAGAAGGCUGGAACAUUUUGUGAGAAAUUUUGUCAAUGUCCACCUGAUUGUACGAAUAGGUUUCCAGGAUGUCGUUGUCGUGGUCAUUGUAACACGAAACUAUGUCCUUGUUUUUUGGCUGUGAGAGAAUGUGAUCCAGACCUGUGUCUGUCAUGUGGGGCACAGGCAUCUUUGGGAUCAUUCACUUCAGUGGAGGAAUUAUUCAAUGUCUUAAGAGUUAGUUCGCCAGUUUUUAAAGGACCAUGUCGAAACGUGGCGAUACAAAGAGGCUUACGGAAGCAUCUGUUGAUGGCACCAUCUGAUGUUUCUGGUUGGGGCAUAUUUAUCAAAGAUGGUGCAGAUAAGAACGAAUUUAUCUAUGAAUAUUGUGGUGAGAUCAUUAGUCAAGACGAAGCUGAUCGACGUGGAAAGAUUUAUGAUAAAACCAUGAGCAGUUUCUUGUUCAAUCUUAAUCGUGAUUUUGUCGUCGAUGCAACGCGAAAGGGUAACAAGAUCCGAUUCGCCAAUCAUUCAGUUAAUCCGAAUUGUUAUGGAAAGGUGGUCAUGGUGAACGGUGAUCAUCGAAUCGGUAUAUUCGCAAAACGUGCUAUUCUCCCUGGAGAAGAACUAUUCUUCGACUAUCGUUAUGGUCCCAUGGAACAGUUGAAAUAUGUUGGGAUUGAAAGAGAUACAGAUGCUCCGAAAACUACUACUACUUCUACUGCUGCUACUAAUACUACUACUGCUAGUAGUAGUAGUGAACUGUAUUUGAUGAUAUCUUGAGGAUGCGGAGUAUGUGAAUGUUAAGGCAGACUAUGUUGGCGUCAAUUGAAUGUCGAGUCGUGGGUGCAUCCUGGUUAUUGACGAGUCCCGAAUUAGACGAGAUGUGUAUCCUGGGUUCUUUCACUGCUUGUCACUAUCCAGCAUAUAUAUAUAUAUUUAUAUAUACAUUAAUCAGAUGGUUGAUUUGUGUCAUCUUUCUUCCUUAUUACAGUUUUCCAUUUUACUAGUGAGUGCUUCAGUUUUACUGUUGUCUAGUUAAAUAGUUUUAAUCUGUCUUAACUAACCGCACCAUCACAUGGGAAAUACCAGCGAGCCUCAGUGGGUUAUUUCUAUUACAUCUGUUGAAUAUAUUUCUGUGUAUUAUCGAAAUUUACUAUUAUCAUUUAUCAUUGUAUUAUUAUUGUUGUUUGCAUUUUCUAUAGUUUUAUAGUUACAGUGAGGUUUCUCCUCUCUUGUUCCACUUUCCAGGGUUGAUUCCAUGUUUAGUUUUUCGUGUGUACUUAUUAACUGUGUGUGGUAUUAUGAGCUGCGUGAGCUGCUGUUACUGUUCAAUAGAUUCGGUCGUUGUUUCAACAUGUUUAGAACUUUUUCUGCUUUAUUUGUUUAUCUAUAAAUAAUAUUAUUAUUCAUUUUCUUUUUGUACAUGUUAACAUGGUAAUUAAAUUAAUGUUAUGCCUUAUCGUAAAUUUGUAUUGUUAUCAUUUGAUGCUGUGUAUUUUAAAGACGAAAGUGAUUUGAGUUAAAGAACUUUUGGAGGACUAGGGAGCACUGAACACUGAACAGUUGUUACUUC